AUGGCGCCGCGCCCGUCGUUGAAGAGUAUUUUGACCCAAGCUUUCCCACCAAAACCCAAAUUUGUCGGGGAAAACCUACCAGACUUAAAGGACAAGGUCUACAUCGUCACAGGCGCAAACACGGGUACCGGGAAAGAACUAACGCGCCUGCUCUACACAAAAAAUGCCAAAAUCUACAUGCUGGCCCGUUCAGAAGAGAAAACGAAAGCAGCCAUUGCAGAUAUCCAAAAGGGCGCCCCAAAGUCCGCUGGGUCACUCAACUACAUCAAGCUGGACCUCGCCGAUCUGAGCACCAUCAAGCAGACAGUGCAGCGGUUCCUGGAAUCCGAGACUAAACUGCACGUCUUGUUCAAUAAUGCGGGAGUGCUGUCGGGCGCGAAGGAGAUGGCACUCACGCCCCAGGGCCACGAACUGCACACUGGGGUGAACGCCCUGGGCACGUUCCUCCUCUCACGGCUCUUAACCCCAGUCCUCACUGCGACCGCCCGCUCGGAGCCCGCCAGCACAGUGCGCGUCAUUUGGGUAUCAUCGUCGGCGGCGGAGAUGUUUGCCGAGGAGAAGGUUGGCAUCAGGCCCGAGGCGCUCAUCCCGGCGGCCCAGGAGGCUCGGGGCGCGCUCGAGCGGUAUUGGUCUAGCAAGGUCGCCAAUUGGGCACACGCCACCGAGUACGCGCGGCUCCAUCAGGCCGACGGUGUCGUCAGCGUCCCGCUGAACCCGGGGAACCUCCAGUCGGACCUCUACCGCGACCAGGGUUUCAUCUUCCGCAUCGCGGAAAGGCUCUUCAUGUAUCCGCCCAUCAACGGGGCAUGCACCGAGCUCUACGCGGGGUUGUCCUCCGAUGUCAAUAUUUCUAACACUGGUUGCUGGAUGGUGUGUCAUUUGGGGGAACUCUACACAUAUGAGGUCGAGAAAUACCAUCUGCCCCUGACCUCGAAGAUCCCCAACUUGCCCUUCCCCCUGCUGCACUACCCGCGUUUCUUCCCCUCGCCGGCAUAUCGCGCCCCGGCAGCUGUGCACGAGGCCUUUGCUGCCAACAACUGGCAGGUCCAGUGGAUCUUCAGGUACAACCCAACACAGCAGAGUCAAUAA